GGCAUCUUUCCGGCAGAAAGAUUCGGAACUGGGAGCAGCCCAGAGAACGAAUACAAUGCUAUAUUUACUCCGAGCGAGACAUCCGUUCAAGGUCGUUGAGCAGCUUGUUAUUUUCAGAUCGCUGUUGAGAACAUAUUCCAAACAACGGCAAACAGAGCGCUUAUUAGAGGCCUCGCGGUUUACUGCGUACUGCAACGAUCGACUCGUCCGAGAGGCCAGGCAGUCCCCCGUUUUAUAAGGACUUGUGUAUCAGUCAUUCCCUCCACCCCACUCUCAUUUACGACUCGCCAAACAGGCUAAUUUGUUGACGCCAUGUCUGUCCUCGCCAAGUCCUUGUUCCUUCUUUCCCUGGCUCUCUACGUCUCCGCCCUCGCCACCCCGCGCGUUGCCCGCAACGCCUUCGAGCACCACCACCUCGCUGCUCGCGCCGCUGUUCCCGUCACAGUAGCUGAGGCGGUCUCCGCGCCACCGGCCGUGACUGCGACCCCCCGCCGUCUCAGGAAGAGGGCAAACGGUCGCUGCAAGGCUCCCGCCAGUUCCUCCGCGGCCUCCUCGACACCCGUUUCCUCUUCCGCCCCCGCUUCUAUCGUCAACGUAGCCCCCUCGCCAUCCCUCGCGUCUUCGUCCAUCGCGGCCCCCGCUACCUCCGCUACCCCCGAGGCUACGUCGUCGUCCGAGGCUCCCGCCCCCACGUCUGCAGCUCCGCAAACGUCUGCGGCUCCAGCCCCUACAUCGUCGUCGCAGGCUCCAGCAACUACGAGUGCCUCCUCGAGCGGGGAUUCGUCGAACUCCCCCAGCUUCCUCAUAGGCACGCAGACCGGCCAAGGUACCUUCUACGAGACAGGUCUCGGCGCCUGCGGUAUCACCAACACUGAUACCGACUACAUCGCCGCCGUAUCUCACUUGUUAUUCGAUGCAUUCCCCGGCUACAACGGCGUGAACCCGAACAGCAACCCCAUCUGUGGUAAGAAGGUUACCGCCACCUACCAAGGCAAGUCAGUCACCGUCGCCAUCACCGACCGCUGCACUGGCUGCGCCCUUACCGACCUCGACUUCUCGCCGUCGGCCUUCACCCAGCUCGCCGACGAGGCUGUCGGUCGUCUGUCCGGCAUGACCUGGGUCUGGGACUCUUAGAUGCGACAUCUAACGUCCUUUGAUUCCUUGGUCCUCGUGCUGGGUUCAGGGUGGUUUCCUGGGUUUUAUUCCUUUUUAUCCUAUCUUUAUGUGUCUCUUCCUAUGGGGCGCCCGCACACGGGUCGGGUUGCCUUGCUAUUAUAGGGCUCGGCGUCGGUGACGCAUCUCUGUUCUCGCGUGCGAGCAGAGCUGGUAGAGCUCGUUGCUUUUUGGAGCCAGUACUCCUGUAGACAUAGCUCGCAGUUGCAUGUGCAGUUGUCAACGCUAUCUUGUUGCUGUAACCAAAAGCGGAGGAAUCACAAUCAAUGUAUUCAUAGUGAGACCCUAAACUGCUUUGCGAGUUGUGCGAUUC